CCCGGGGGCUGCUGGGAGUUGUAGUACGGGACGGAAGGAAGAUGGCGUCCAAGAUUAGCGUGGUGCUGCGGCCGGUGAAGAGCAUCGUGGUCCGAUUCUGUCCCUUCGAGACCAACGUGGAGAGCACACGAAAAUUUCUUCAGCGUAUAAACCAUAAAAACAUCCAGGCCACCAACAGAAACUGUGAAGUGACUGCUGAUGUGAGGCACGAUGGAUCUGAACCAGUUGUAGAUGUCAAAUUUGCUGAUGGAGACCGUUUGAUAAUGAAAGGAGCCAACUUGACAACAGUAGAGAUGUUAACAGCAUUGGGGUCCAGAUGUAGUGCAAAAGACAUUAAGGAAGAACAGAAACUCAAGAAGAGUCGUCACUGAAGAGCAGAAAAGCAAGAGGAGCAGUCCCUGAAGAGCAGAAAACCAACUGUGUUUGAAUUUACAUGUGUUAAAACCAGCAGGCUGCACAGAAGGCUUUUUUUCUCCUGUGCAACUAAAACUGAAAGAGAGAUGACCAAAACACCAAGCAGUUUAACAUGCCACAGGAGGAACCAUUUUAACAUUGCCCACCCUCCCCUGAAGGAAAACAUCGUGGAUCAACCUAUCUUCUAACACUAGUGGGUCAGAGUGGCUUAAGAUGCUUGAAUGCCUCUUUCUAAGGAGCUGCCUCAGUCCUCUGCCUGACAGACUAUCACAUGUAUUUGCAUAUGAAUGUGAUUAAUGCACAUUAGCUAUUAAAUUGACAGCGAAAACAGAUCUCUUUGGACAUUAUUUCCUACAAAGCUUCUAUACAGUGGAAUGCACAGUACUAUUAGAAUGCUUAUUAUUUGUCAAAACUAUUAAAUACAAAUACCCAAAUAAAA